UACUUUAUUGUGUAAAGUUACGGUUUUUUCUAUAAGCAUAGACAAUACGAAGACAUGCUUCCGUUAAACUGCUUUACCGACACGUCUCAGAAUUUUGUCACUAGAUGGAGUUUCUUUCAAAAAUUCGCCAAUCGGCCACCAUUGUUGGAAGUGAUUUUACAGCAUUUUGUCGAAAUUUGUUUAAUUUGUGAUAGUUCUCGGCAAAAUACAAAGUUAAACUCGAAGGAUCUGCACACGUCGUAAGGGAGAAGAGUUACGCGGGCGAAGGCUUGAAAAUUGCCGGCAUCAUUAUGGUGGACUGAGAGGGUGUUUGUUGUGGGACUCAGCUGGACUCGCGUCGAGAACCGCCAUGUCCGGCUCGCAGCACAACCCCAACGGGCGGCAGUCGCAACUGGGCUCUAGCUGGAGCCCCCUGCAGGUGUUGCAGAUGGCGAACCUGCUGGCGCGCGCGCCGCAGGCCCACAUGGCCUCCGAGCGCGGCGUGACGUGGCACACGCCCACCCCCCCGCCGCACCUCUACCACGUGCCGCAGCCCUCACCCCCUGAUCCGCUGCAGGCCAUGAAGGGCGCGGGCAACUCGGUGUUCCGGCACACGGCUACGCCGCCGGAGCUGUAUCGCCACACGCCCACACCGCCCGACAAGCAUCUACUCAGACACACUCCGUCACCUGGCGACGUGAAAGCGGGCGCCGCGUUGCCUCCGGUCGACUUGUACGCACACCUUGGACCAGGGAGAGACAAAGCGAUGCGCGGCGCGGAGGCGCUGGCGGGGCUGUACGGGCGCGGCGUGGACCUGUCGCUGGGCGCGCGCAACGGCGCCGCGCUGUCCGUGCGCGACGCGCCCACCAUCAACUCGCUGCUGGCGCGCGCGCCGCGCCACCACCGCGUCGACGAGCUGCUCGAGCGCCUCGCCCCCGCGCCGCACAGCGUCAUCGUCACGUCGCGCGCCGCCUCCACCCCCUCGCCGCCAUCCUCCGAGGACUCGGCCGACUCCGCCCCCGCCGCCAAGCGCAAGAGGAAGCCGGAGCGCGUGGUGCGCGUGCCCGCGCCGCCGCCGCCGCCGCUGAACGGCGCGUCGCCGCCCCGCCCGCCGCCGGAGCCCCCGGUGCGGAGAAAAACGCGCUCCGGCUCCGCGGAGACCAUCGACGACAUCGCCGCCAUGAUCGCCAGCACAGACCAAAAGGUGGAGGAGCCCGCGCCGAAGGAACCGGAAAAACCCAUCGAACCGCCCGUUACCAUCGACAAGCUAAAGAGCGUGCUCGCGAGCGAUACGGAACACAGGCCGGAUGAAGCCCCCAACUCCCCGCCGAAGGUUCCGCAGCAGGUGGAAGAGCCCCCGGCGGAACCCUUGCCCUUGCCCGCCCCCUUGGCGGCGGCGGCGCCUUCCCCGCCGGCGGGGGAGUCGGCGGCGGCGGCGCCGCGCCGGCGCGCCGCGCGCACCUCGCCCUCGGCCUCCAACGUGCCCGUGGAGUCCCCCUCCGAGGCCAAGCCCGCCGAGCCCGAGCAGCCCGCCGAGCCCGAGCGACCCGCCGAGCCCAGCGCCGCCAGCUUUGUGGAGGUCGAGAACCAGCUCGAGAAGAUGUUCGCGGGGAUCGAGGAGGCGCCGGUUAAUCAGGAGGGCGACCAACCAGUAGAGAAAGAGAAACCUCAAACCACGAAAGCGCGCAAGCGGCGAAAAUCCGCGCCCACCAAGGGCGAGAGAAAGGCCGCGCGGCGCGCCGCCCGCGCCGACACUGGCGACAAAAAGAAGCCGGGCCGGAAGCCCAAGGACAAGGACGCGUACGAUUCCGGUAGCAACGCGAGCUCCGGACGCUCCAGGGGGCCCUACGUGCAGAUCCGCGGUCCGCGCGACUCGCCGCUGUCGGUGUCGGUGAUCAACGCGGCCACGGGCGAGGACGAGGAGCCCGCGCGGCGCAAGGACGAGUUCCGCAACGGGCUGCGCACGCGCGGCCUGCACUGCAGCACGCUCGGCUUAAGGUACGACGCGACGACGCCGGACGCGACGUGGCUGUGCGUGUUCUGCGAGCGCGGGCCGCACGCCGCCGGCCUCGGGGACCUGUUCGGGCCCUACCCCCUAGACACCGACUGCGACGAGUACAGAGCAUUAGACGAGGCGACGCGACGGAAAUAUGAAGCGGCCGGUUCCGCCUGGCUGCACGAGGCUUGUGCGGUGUGGGCGCCCGGCCUACUCGCCGCCGGCGCGAGGCUCUGGGGACUCGCCAGCGCAGUGUGGUCGUCCCGCGGCACGCGGUGCACGGCGUGCGGCGGCGCGGGCGCGGGGCUGGCGUGCGGCGCGCGCGCAUGUCGCGCCCGCGCGCACGUGCCCUGCGCGCGCGGCCAGGCCUGGGCGCUAGACGACGACCUGUUCCGAGCCACCUGCCCGAGGCACAUAGGGCCCAGCUAA